AUGUCUUAUCUACUCCGCGCCGCCUUCUCACGGGCUGUGGCCUCCGCCUCGUCCUCCUCGUUCUCCUCCUCCAUCGUCAUCACCUCUCCCCUCGCUGCGCCGUCCCUCUCGUCCUCCAUCACCGCCACCUCGACCUCAUCGCCAUCCCGUCGAGCUCUGUCCACCUUUGCGACAACGUUCGCAACCAUGUCCUCGACCACACAGUCUAGACAACGCUCGCUCUCCCAAUCUUCGUCCUCGUUCGGCUCUUCGUCCAGCAUGGCCGUCGACUCGACCUACGGGUCGUCAUACACCACUCAGGCCUCGACCUCGUCCUCCAAAAGCGCUUCCGGCAGCGGCUACAAGCCCGUGCUGUCCACCAAGACCAUCAACCCACACGUGCUCGAGGCCGAGUAUGCCGUGCGUGGUGAGAUCUCGAACCGAGCCAACAAGUACGCUGCCCAGAUCGCUGAGGGCAGCUCGGACCUGCCCUUCCCCUCGGUCGUCACUGCCAACAUCGGCAACCCGCAGCAACAGCCGUUCCUCGCACAGAAGCCCCUCACCUUCUGGCGUCAGGUCGCUGCGCUCACCGAAUAUCCCCAGUUGAUGGAGCAGCCGGGCAUCGACAAGAUCUUCCCCAAGGACACCCAGGAGCGCGCCAAGUUGUUGCUCAACGACAUUGGCAGUGUGGGUGCCUACUCGCAUUCCAAAGGUGCUGCCAUCGUUCGCAAGCACGUCGCCGAGUUUAUCGAGCAGCGUGACGGCUACCCUUCGGAUCCCGAGCUCAUCUACCUCACCACGGGCGCUAGUGGCGGUGUUCAGUUGUUGCUCCAGGUGCUCAUCGCGGGCCCUAAUUCGGGUAUCAUGAUUCCCAUCCCGCAAUACCCGCUCUACAGCGCCGCCCUUGCAUUGUACAACGCCAAGCCCGUCGAGUACCAGUUGAACCCCUUCGAUGACUGGUCGCUCGAUGUCGACGCCAUGUCGCGCUCCAUCGAUGAGGCGCGCGCCAACGGUGUCGAUGUGCGUGCCUGCGCCGUCAUCAACCCAGGUAACCCUACGGGCCAGUGUCUGUCGUACCAAAACAUCCAAGACCUCAUCCGCAUGGCGUACACCAAGCGCGUCGUGCUGCUCGCCGACGAGGUGUACCAGGUCAACAUCUAUCAGCCGGACACGCGACCUUUCCACUCGUUCAAGAAGGUGCUCAUGGACUUCAAGUCGUCGGACAAGGCUGCCGAGCACGACAUUGCCACCAGCGUCGAGCUCGUGUCGUUCCACAGUAUCUCGAAGGGCGUUUCGGGCGAGUGCGGUCGUCGCGGCGGCUACUUUGAGUUGACCAACAUAGACGCCGACGUGGAAGCGCAGAUCUAUAAGCUCGCCUCGAUCUCGUUGUGUCCUUCGCUGCAGGGCCAGAUCGGCGUCGACAUGCUCGUCAAGCCUCCCACGCCAGGUCAGCCGUCGUACGAGCUGUUCAAGCAGGAGACCGAGGGGAUCCACGCUACGCUGCAGUCGCGUUCCAACCGUAUGGCCGAGAAGUUUGCGCAGCUGCCAGGUGUCGAGGUCGAACCGGCCCAGGGUGCGCUCUACUUGUUCCCGCGCGUGAUGCUACCCAAGAAGGCACACGAGGCCGCCAAGGAGAAGGGCAAGAAGGUCGACGAGUUUUACUGCUUGGAGAUGCUCGAUGCCACGGGUAUCUGUGUUGUGCCGGGCAGUGGGUUUGGCAAGAUGCCGGAGAAGGACACGGGUGCGUGCUUCUUCAGGACCACGGUGCUGGCCAAGGAGACCGACGAGUUUAUCGAGAGGUACGGCAAGUUCCAUGCCGACUUUGUCGAGAAGUAUUCUUGA